AUGACCACGCCCAAUCCAGAAGAAGCAACACAGAAUGUUCGACGCGCCGAAGAGAAUGUACUCGGUGCUUUUGGCGCGCAGGAAGUUCUGCUCGAACUUGUUCCCCUAUAUUUCCAAUAUGUGCAUAACAUUGCCCACACUAUUUUUCAUGAGCCGAGUUUUCUGCAUCGCCUUCAUGAAGGCAAGGCAUCUAUGACACAUGUCUAUGCGAUGUGUGCGCUUGCUGCUCGAUAUUCCGAGAAUCGGGUAUUCAACAACAUUGCCCGAUGCGCUCGUGGGAAGAUAUAUGCGACAGAAGCAAUCCGCCGAUGCCACCAGCACAUGGUCGCCAGGGGCCUAGAAACUGUGCAAGGCUUUCUUUUAAUCGGGUUUUAUUUUGGCGGCGAAGGUGAUAUUCGAGGAAAGCAUGUAUACGUAGGCCUGGCUCGCCUACAUGCCGAACUCUUGUCUCCUGCGGAUACUGCGACGGUGGUUCUUCGAGAGGAACGUCGCCGGACAUGGCUCACAAUUUACAUUGCCGUACAUUGGUCUGCGUCCGAUAUGGCAGUAGAACCUGUCUCUCCCUUUCAUGACAUGGCGCCUCUCCCAGAGAUAGAUGACGCCGAUUUUCAGACGCUCGGUCCUGAGCAGCUCGUCGAGUCGAGGACUUCGCCUUCUUCAAGAUGCGAUAUGUGGGCCCAGAUGGGUCGGACGCUGAAUAUAUAUACGAGGAUCAAUGUCUUACUGCGGCGUCUAAGUCAGAACGCAAUCUCCUUCGAAGAAUUUUGCAAGGAAGCUGCUGUGCUGGAGCAUGGUCUUGACCAGUGGGCGAAAAAUCUCCCGCCUAAUUUGACAUAUUCGUACGACAACUUCAUGCUCAUGAUCGACAAAAAAGUUGGCAAAACAUUUUUGUCCAUGCAUAUCGGGUAUUAUCAUUUCCGACAGAUGCUCCUGUUCCCAUUCCUGGACACACGACUUGCACGGUGGACUACUCGGGACCGAGCGGCCAAGUGCAAGGAGAGCGCUACUAUUGUUUCGGAUAUUCUACAGUAUUCCCAAACAACACCGCAGUGUAAGAUGGAAUACUUCAUUUAUGGGCAUAUUGCGGUCGUCAGCUCUAGUGUCCACCUGGAUACACUCCUCUGCAGCGAUGAUCAAUCAGAUCUGAGUUCGGCACGACAGCGUCUUGUUUUUAACUUUCAGUUUCUCAUGGGUCUGAAGUCUUACUGGUCGGUGGUUGAACAUUAUGUGACUCAUUUACGAUCCUUCCAGAAUUAUUGUAGGGACUCCAUGUCCGAUGCCUUCGUCCUGGACAAUUGGAUGGCCCGAUUCCUCACCGAGCAUUCCUCGGCGCUCUCGGAGAGGCGCGAUAACAGCGCUCAUCCACCCGCCGCCCGUGUUGAUGAACCAUCUUCAUACCAAUCUGGACUCAACGACGGAGUGCCAUCUGGGAGUAGCUCUGAUUCCCAGAUGGAAAUUGCUGGCAAAUCUGGGGUUAUCGGGACCAAGCCUACCCUGGAUCCAGCAGUGGAGUUUAAUGACCUGUCUCAACUUCUAGAUGGUCGAGGCAUGAGCGGUGAGGCAAUCGUGAAUAGCGCUCUGAAUUGGCUUUUAGAAGAUGAUCUGAGAUUGGAGCAAUUGCCAUGA